GUCAAACCGCCAUUAAGGGUUUUUAAGCCGCCGCUCUUGAUUUUCUUCUUGAUCUUUUUUCUUUAGUGUUGUAUGCUAAAAGAAAAAAAAAAGGAAAAGAAAAUUCAGGCUAAAGGCUGAGUAACCUGGAUGGUGUGGAAGGGUUCAUGGACCAGCUAUGUGUGGCUCAUUGCUUUCAAAACUAAUAGAACCAAACAUAAUAAUCACAAGAGACAAAACCUAUCCCCGUAUGUCCAUCUUUCACAAGCCUCCAAAACGGAAUCUCCUCUGUGCCUCAAUAGCUCCCUUUUUUCUCAACUACCCAGAAGGACACCACCAGCCAUAAACCCAAGAUUCAAGAAUCAUCACGACACUCCCCUUUUGUUUUCUCUAUUUCCAAUAAAAACAAGAGCUCCAGGUCAUGGCCUCAAUGCCCCAUGUUUCUCUUUCCAAGGUACAAGGGUCCCCUUCUUUGUCCACUUCAUUAUUAUUGCCUGCAGCUUCUCUUCCUAUCCGAGCUCCUAUCACUCCUGAUGAUGAUUCUCUUGAUUAUGAAUCUGCCGAUUAUAUUGAUCAUGCUUAUAGUGAUACUGACACUAGCAGUAGUAUUGAUCAUGGGUCUGAGGAGUAUGUUAGUUGCGAGGAGUUUGAAAGUGCAUCGGAGAAGUUUUUUGCAGGUGACCCAGAUGAUGAAAAGCCUGAGGAGAGUCGCAUUUUGGACAAAUAUCAACUCUCUAAGCCUUUUGUGCCCAACCCAGAUGAAGAAAGUUCGGGAAAUUCCACUGUAAACGAGCAGGAGAGUGGCGUUACUAAUGAACAUAGUCAUGCUGUUGGAUCCUAUAGUCCCGAUUUGCAGCAUAACAUGCCUGUCGCGCAAUUGUCAAUGGAUGAAGAUGAUUUUGAGGAGUUAAUAAGCAACGAAGGAGAUGGCAGAUUUUCGGCUAUUUUUAUUGCACCUAGAGUCAAAGUGCCGGCUGCUGAAGAAGAUAAAGAUGAGUUAUUGUUGCGAAGAGAUCCAUAUGUUGUGAACAAGAUUGAGCUACUACCAGUUGAAGAUAAUGAUGAUUUGCUCUCAGGCAAUUCUGUUAGAGCAGCAGAUCAUAGUGUUCCAAGGUGCGAAGAUGGUAAAUUUGCAGGAAAGGCUUCUCCUAAUGGUUUUGUUUCAGUUGCAUUGACCGAGGAUGAUUCUGACGUGGUUACAUUGGAAGCUCAAGUUGAGAUGGAAAAUAAAGAGAAUUCAGAAAUGAAAGAAAAAGUUAAGCAUGUUGUUGAUGAUCUUGUUUCAAUUGAAUUGCGCAAGGAUGGUGGUCAAGUUGUUGUCCCAAAGGCUUCUAUUGAGUUUUCCAUGGAGAGCAAGGAUGACGCCUUUUUGUCUCAAACGGGCGGCGAUGCUAGGCAAUUUGUUGAAGAAAGGUUGCAACUUGACAAUUUGGAGCAAGAAAAAAUUGAGCGGAUUGGUAUAGAUGGGCACAACAGAAAGAGUUUGGAGAAUGAUUUCAUGGAUCAUGUAUAUGAGCCAUGCGGUGCCAGCCAGCUAAAGGAACAGAUUGCUGAAGUAAUUAAUGGUUGUGGUGAUUCCUGUGAGAGUGAAAUGAAUCAGGUUCAUAACAUUUUGCCACAUAUAGGAGAAUUGAAGGGAGAUGGUACUAUUCUGCUAAAGCAACAGAUGAGUGAGAUAGUUAACAGUUUUAACCAUACAUUUAUAGAUGUAAUUAACCCUGAUGAUGAGUCAAUUCAGAAGAUUGUGCCAGAACCUCAAGAAAUGAAAGUGGAAGUUGUGGGAGUGGAGGAAGAAAAUGCUAUAGAUUUCAUGAAGGGUGAUAAGGGCCGCGUCUUCAAUGGAAGUCUUGCUCUUGAGAAAGGCAGUGAGGACGCUAGUUUAGUUGAAUAUGUAGACAAUGCAUUUGAGGUGAAUGAAAUUCAGACUGAGGAUUUGUUAGGGGAUAGUGACUUGCCUGAAAUAUGUGGAGGUGAUAGAUUGGAAGAAGCAUCUCAGGGAGAUACGAUUUCCCUUGGUAUAAGAGAUGAAGCAAACCAUGAUUCAGAAGAGGUAGGAGGGCAAAAAGGUUUGCUUUCUGAAGGGGUUGAAGAAUUGAUAUUUGAAGGAACUGGAAAUAUUGAGAAUAUCCUGAGUAAAUUGGAAAAAAGUUCAACCUCCUCUCCUUCUCCGAUUGCUGAUGAUUUCCAUGAUCAUCAAGAGACGGUUGAUGGACAGAUUAUUCUCGACCCAGAUGAAAAAUUGGAGACAGAUAAGGAGCAUGAAACAAAAGUAUUUGACUCUGCUACAUUGACUCUUUUGAAAGCAGCAACUGGAGCUGAGUUGGAUGGAGACAGUACCACUGAAACUUUAGUUGAUUCUGGUGUAGUUUCUGUUGGGCGCCCUGCUGGUUCAGGUUCCUCAUUUGACACAAUAAGCCGAGCUUCUCAAUCGGGUAUGAUCAAGGAUGUUGUGAAUAAUGAUACAGGUAAGGAAGAAAAGAAGAUGAUUGAAAAGAUACAACACAUUAGAGUGAAGUACUUGAGGCUUGUCCAGCGACUUGGACAUUCUCUGGAAGAUUCAAUAGUUACACAUGUGCUACACAGGUUGGUCCUAGCUUCAGGGUUACAUGUUCACCAAGAAUCUAACCUUGAAGAUUCUAAGAAAAUGGCCGCACAGCUUGAAGCAGAGGGCAAAGAUGAUUUAGACUUCUGCUUAAACAUUUUAGUUAUUGGGAAAACUGGAGUGGGGAAAAGUGCAACUAUAAAUUCAAUUUUUGGUGAAAAGAAAGCCAUGGUCAAUGCAUUUGAAUCUGGCACAACAAGAGUUGGGGAGAUUGUCGGCAUAAUAGAUGGAGUUAGGUUCAGAAUCCUUGACACCCCAGGUCUCAGAUCCUCUAUGAAGGAAGAAGCUACCAACAGGAGAAUAUUAGCAUCCAUAAAGAAGAUAACCAAGAAGUACCCUCCAGAUGUUGUUCUUUAUGUUGAUCGGCUAGACGCUCACACAAGAGACCUAGACUUGUCAUUGUUAGCCUCACUCACAAAUUCUCUCACUGCGUCGGUAUGGCGAAACGCCAUUGUCAUUCUAACCCAUGCAGCAGCUACUCCUCCAGAUGGACCAUUUGGAUCACCCUUAAGUUUUGAGGUUUUUGUUGCUCAACGAUCACAUAGUGUUCAGCUGGCUAUCAGCCAAGCAGUUGGUGAUCUGCGUCUAAUGCAUCCAAGUAUGAUGCGUCCUGUAUGUCUUGCUGAGAAUCAUCCGUCAUGUGAAAGGAACAAAGAAGGACAAAGUAUCCUCCCCAAUGGACAAAGUUGGAGACCCCAAUUGUUACUUUUGUGUUACUCAUUGAAGAUUUUAUCAAAAGUGAGUUCUCUAACCAAGCCUGUAGAUCCUUUUGAUCACAAGAAGCUGUUUGGCUUACAACUACAUCUACCUCUGGCCCACUUGGUAUCUUCUCUAUUGCAGUCUCGCCCUCAUCCAAAACUCGCUGCUGAGCAAGGUGGUGAUGAUGUUGAUUCGGAUGUGGAAUUGAUAGAUUUAUCAGAUUCUGAUGGAGAAAAUGAGUAUGACCGACUUCCACCAUUCAAGCCUCUGAAGAAAUCUCAGGUUAAUAAGCUCUCCAGAAAGCAAAAGAAAGCAUAUUUUGAUGAGUAUGAUUAUCGAGUGAAACUCCUACAAAAGAAGCAGUGGAGAGAGGAGGUGAAAAGGUUGAAGGUGCUCAAGAAGAAAAGCAAAGAUAGCAGAAGAGAAGAUGUGGACCAGGAAGAUGCAAGUCCAGCAACAGUGCCAGUUCCCAUGCCUGAAUUUGUCCUCCCGCAUUCCUUCGACAGUGACAAUCCUUCUUACAGGUACCGAAUGUUAGAGCCUGCGCCACAGCUUCUUGUGAGACCAGUUCUGGACUCAAAGGGUUGGGACCAUGAUUGUGGGUAUGAUGGUGUUAGUCUUGAAGGAAAUCUUGCCCUUGCUGGUCAGUUCCCAGGUGCAUUUACUGUUCAAAUCACAAAGGACAAGAAAGAUUUUAAUAUCCACUUAGAUUCCUCAAUUUCUGCAAAGCAUGGAGAAAAUGGAUCAACAAUGGCAGGAUUUGACAUCCAGACAAUUGGGAGCCAACUUGGAUAUAUCCUCAGGAGCGAAACAAAAUUCAAAAAUUUUAAGAUAAACAAAACAUCUGCUGGGAUAUCCAUUACUAAGCUGAGUAAAAAUGUGGCCACAGGACUGAAAAUUGAGGACCAAAUUGGUAUCGGAAAGCUCUUGGCUUUGGUGGGAAAUGCUGGUGCUGUAAGAUCUGGAGGUGAUACAGCAUAUGGAGCCAACUUGGAAGUUCACCUCAAGAGCAAAGAGUUUCCAGUAGAGCAAGAUGAAUCGACAUUAGGAUUGUCUCUAAUGAAGUGGAGAGGUGAUCUUGGUGUAAUGGCCAAUUUACAAUCUCAAUUCUCUAUUGGUCGAAACUCGAAAAUGGCUAUCAAUGUUGGAAUGAACAACAGACAAAGUGGACAGAUCACCAUCAAGACCAGUAGCUCAGAACUGCAGAUUGCACUCAUCAGUAUGAUCCCAAUGGCAAUAUCCUUAUUGAAGAGUAUUUAUCCAGGAUCGGACCUGAGAAACCGAGGAGACCAUCAGUGAGUUAGUUGUUCCAGUGUCAGGCAGAGGUGAGUAGAACAAAACUACUUAUUAUUUUUUUAAAGUAACUAAACUUUCGAGCAUAUUCAUGCAUCACGAUUGCCAUGUUUAUAGGUUGUUGCAUUAGAAUUCACGAAUAUGAUGUAUUGCAUAAUUUGCUGUUGAUGUAGAUAGAUAUUGAAUGACCCACUAGCCCUCGAGCAGGUUAUGAUAUGAUACGGAUAUGGAAGACCAAGGCCGCCCAUUCUACGCGUCCUGGCACUAUGUAAGGGAAAGAUCAGGGUUGCCCAGUCUAUGCCCCUGGCACAGUUGGAUAUGUUAUGUUAUGAUUAAGUGAAAGUCCUAAGGAGCUCCCGUUGUGGGCCGGGCACUUGGAUAUGCAGAGGGUUACUGGUGACAAGUCCAUCUGUGAUGUGAAUUGUUUGUGUUGUGAUGCAUUUCAUAAAAGCAUAUGUUUAUAAAUUGUUUUAUUGUUCUGCUCACUGGGCUUUAGUAGCUCACC